AUGACCGUCACCCACAUUCUUCUCGUCUCCUUCAAACCGUCCGCCUCACAGGCGACGGUUGAUUCGAUUUGCAAUCGCAUUAUUGCUUUCAAGGAGACCUGCCUUGAUCCCGACGGCAAGCCCUACGUCCUCGCCACGAGCGGCGGCAUCAAUAACAAUCCCGAGCACAGCAACAAGAACAUGACUCAUGGGUUCAUCAUUGAGUUCCGCAACGACGCAGACCGUGUGUAUUUCCUCAAUGUCGAUGUAGCCCACAAGGAAUUCGUCGAGCAUAUUGACCCAAACAACAAUGAUUUUCUCACUUUGGACUUUACCGAUGGUGUAUACGGCCCAUCGCUCACGUAA